AUGACGCGAAACGCUGUUCUGCUGUUUCUUCUCGUCGUUUGCGUCGGCCUCCACGUCGGCCUUGUACGUGCUGAGAACGCCGUCGAAGCCACCGUCUUAAUUGGCAACGGCGGCAACGCUAACCGUAACCUCCAAGACAGCGGACUGACCGCAGAAAGAGACACGGCAGCUGACAACUACGACACAGCGGGGAUGAAGAGGGCCUCUUUCUCUGCUGGGCUGAGCAAGAUCAAGAGUUUCCUUCGGCUGGGUAGCUCCAAGGUUUCCACCCUACAGAAGGAUGCUACCGUUCUCAAGCAGGUCGCGUCGCUGAAGAAGGUCCCCAAAGUCAUCAGCUCAAGGAGCUGGAAAGCAGCCCCCAAGCUUAAUCUUGCUCAGCCCUGCAGAGAAAGAGGCCCUCUCUUCAUCCUCCACACCGUUGUCGCUGUCCACAGUUUUGUCGUCCAAAUCUGUGCUGCCUUGGAGGUUUCGGUGCAUGUUGCCGCGGUUAGGAGUUGA